AUAUCCCUUUCAAUAAAACGUCAUGUUAAAAUUGGUGGAGAAAUUCAAGAAGGGAAUGAUAUUACCUUUGCUAUUGAAAAUAUUGCAGGUACUUCAGUUGCCCACAUAGAGCCAAAUCGUGUGAAAGGAAAGGAAAAAUCUACAACUAUACCUGGCAUAUCUAAUUGGUUUGAAUGGAGUUGGCCUAUUGAGGGUGAUAAUGCAGGAUAUAUUCAGGCGCGUGCCUUACCAAAUCUUGGAAAUUGGGUAUCGUUUUCUCCAGCCCACAUACAAAAUUUUUUAAAAAAUGAAAUUAAUCAACCAUCACCACAGCUGUCAGAACCAACUAAACCAAAAUCUCCAUGGAAAAUAGCUGUUCCUAAUGCUUCAG